AUGACGUCCACCGUUCGGGAGGCUUUCGAGACCAAGAUCAUCAACAGCCUCAAUAGGGACUGCGCAAGACGCCAGCGUGGCAUCUUCCUCAAAGUACCACAGCCGAAUCCUACUGGUCACGCUGCCUUCGUUCAGUUCGAGUGGACGCCAGAUCAAGCAUCGACGUAUCUCGAGCGCGGCCUUCUGCCGCAUACGCUGUUCACGAUUGAUCCAGAGAGUACCAUGAUUCCCCUCUGGAUAUUUGCAGCGGAUGGAUCAAUUGGGCCUCGUUCUCUACCAGAACUGGCACUUUCAAGAUUACCGGACUUUCGAAACCAGCCCGCUCUAUGUAUUAUUGACAUGGGAUGUGAUAAGAUCCAUGGCCAACAGGUUGCACUGAUCCCCACGGAAUACUUGCAACCGGUGCAAACUUCGAGAAGGUCUCUGCAGUACAUUCUUUUGGAUGGCCACACAAUGGAACAAUUUACUACGAGGGCUGAAUUUGAGAGCCUGGCAGAUCUCGAGGCACGAAUCCUUAAAGACGAGCUCGACACACCAGGAGAAUGA